UCGCUCCUUAACGGACCAUAGGCUCAUCAAUUGACUGACGAGCAAGGACGAUUUUCGGAUCGUUGCUGCGUCAAUUCGCUUCUUGCAGCGUCAAUUGCCAAAAAGUUACUUUUUUCUUAGUUUUUACACGUGGGACUAUGUUGUUAAACUAGAUGAUUAGAUUACGUGUUGCACCUUUCAGAAACAGUCAUCGGGAUUACAAUUACGCGCUACCCACACCGUUAUCGAGGGCUUUUACGCAGCACGGAGUCCUGGGGAGUCCCUCGCAUCCGCACAUACCCUUCCUCCUGUUCGACAAGUUCUGUCCCUUUCUAUCCUCACACCCGUUUACAUCGCAUAGCUGUUAAUUGGGGAUUCGGAGCAGUAAAGAACGGUAAAAUGGCUGAGGAGCAGGGGAAAACGGGGAAAGGGAUCAACACUGGGAAACUGGCCACCAGCAUGCAGAAAAGACUUAGCAGAGCGCAAGAAAAGGUCCUUCAGAAGCUGGGUAAAGCUGAUGAGACCAGGGACACAGCGUUCGAGGAGGGUGUGGCUAACUUCAACAAGCAGAUGGCCGAGGGCACCAAACUACAGAAAGACUUGAGGGCCUACCUGGCAGCAGUUAAAACCAUGCAUGAUGCGUCCAAGCGUCUGCAGGACUGUCUGGCGGAUAUGUACGAGCCAGAGUGGUUUGGCAAGGAGGAGGUGGAUACCAUCGCAGAGGAGACAGACAUCCUGUGGUCAGAUUACCACGACAAGCUUGUGGACAAUUCCAUGAUCGCCAUGGAUACCUAUCUGGCCCAGUUCCCUGACAUUAAGGCACGCAUCGCUAAGCGGGACAGGAAGAUGACUGACUACGACAGUGCGAGGCAUCACUUUGGCUCCCUACAGAAGGGCAAGAAGCAGGACCAGGCCAAGAUCGCCAAGCCGAUGUCUCUUGUGGAGAAGGCUGCCCCAGGUUGGGCCCAGGGGAUUCUGUCUGCUCAUCAAAUAGCCCAAACUAACCUGACCAGAAACCAGGCAGAGGAGGAGUUAGGGAGAGCUCAGAAAGUAUUUGAGGAGAUCAACGUAGAUCUGCAGGAUGAGCUACCACAGCUGUGGAACAGUCGUGUUGGCUUCUAUGUUAACACAUUCCAGAGUAUGGCUGGAUAUCAGCAGAGGUUCCACAAAGACAUGGGAAAGCUGAACCAGGACCUGAAUGACGUCAUGACCAAACUGGAUGAGCAGAGGCUGGCCAAAAAGGCAGGUAAAGACUGGAAGCCUGGACCCAAGAAGAGUGAGGCAGCCGCCGUCAACCACAGCGUUACCCCAGACGCUGCACCCAAGACGAGGCCGGCGCCCCCUGGACCCGCCCCUGUACGCCCGCCCCCCAGCCCCAGACCCUCGUUGACUCCAGCUCCAGACACGCAACAACAGGACAUAAUCUUGUUCGAUGGUGAAGCCCUGGUUUCCGACGCUAACACAACCGCACCGUCACAGGCAACCGCACCAUCACAGGCAACCACCCCGUCACAGCCGCAGGUCAGAUGAUGUCAUAAUGUCCCCUCAGGCUUCCAUCAACAUCAUACCCUCAGUGUCAACUCAGACGGCUCAUAGGUUCUAGCCUAGGGAUGGUCUGGUCUCCAACCUCCUCUACCCCCUUGUUUUCCUAUGGAUGGUCUGGUCUCCAACCUCCUCUUCCCCCUUGUUUUCCUAGGGAUGGUCUGGUCUCCCACCUCCUCUUCCCCCUUGUUUUCCUAGGGAUGGUCUGGUCUCCCACCUCCUCUACCCCCUUGUUUUCCUAGGGAUGGUCUGGUCUCCCACCUCCUCUACCCCCUUGUUUUCCUAGGGAUGGUCUGGUCUCCCACCUCGUCUACCCCCUUGUUUUCCUAGGGAUGGUCUGGUCUCCCACCUCCUCUUCCCCCUUGUUUUCCUAGGGAUGGUCUGGUCUCCCACCUCCUCUACCCCCUUGUUUUCCUAGGGAUGGUCUGGUCUCCCACCUCGUCUACCCCCAUUUCCUAGGGAUGGUCUGGUCUCCCACCUCCUCUUCCCCCUUGUUUUCCUAGGGAUGGUCUGGUCUCCCACCUCCUCUACCCCCUUGUUUUCCUAGGGAUGGUCUGGUCUCCCACCUCGUCUACCCCCUUGUUUUCCUAGGGAUGGUCUGGUCUCCCACCUCCUCUUCCCCCUUGUUUUCCUAGGGAUGGUCUGGUCUCCCACCUCCUCUACCCCCUUGUUUUCCUAGGGAUGGUCUGGUCUCCCACCUCGUCUACCCCCAUUUCCUAGGGAUGGUCUGGUCUCCCACCUCGUCUACCCCCAUUUCCUAGGGAUGGUCUGGUCUCCCACCUCCUCUACCCCCAUUUCCUAGGGAUGGUCUGGUCUCCCACCUCCUCUACCCCCAUUUCCUAGGGAUGGUCUGGUCUCCCACCUCCUCUACCCCCUUGUUUUUGGCUUGCCCUUUAUUUUCUUUCUCCAUCCAUCCACUCCAGCUACCCCUUUCUGAUGAUCUCACCUCCUUUCAUUCUCUAGUUAGUCCCUCACCCUCCUCAUCCAUCCUCUCCCUCUUCAUCCAUCCUCUCCUCACCCUCUUCAUCCAUCCUCCACCUACUUGUUCACCUGCCUGUCCAUAUCUCUGCAACUAUUACAACUGGUAACACCACACCAGUCAUCUCCAGGGCCUUCCCAGUAAAAUGUCCCAGUAAUCCCAGUGCUGAUCUUCCGUGUGUGGGUUUGGCCCCAGCAGGGGUUAUUAACCUGCUCCAUAUGGACCUGGAUGUACUAUUGCAGGCCGCCACUUCUCCGGCACCCAAAGUUGGUGUGUCUCCCCAUUGGUCAGGCAGCAAGGUCACCAGGUUCAGGGGUCAGUCAGACACAGGCUUGUGGUCCUGGUGGUUUGAACUCUUCCCCUCGUUCAGUGCACAGUCUUUGCAUGCUAUGCAUGGAUUCACUCAAUGCAUGCAAGGGACGAAUUGACAGCUUUCCUCACAUGGCAGUAAGACUGACAGACUGGGGACAGACACUGUGUCUCUUCAGUCCAACCACCGAGAUGGAAUACUCUCCAUUAUUGCAGCAUUACCAACAGUCAGCCCACUGAACUUAUUCAUCAACAUUUGUUCCAGUUGAACCAAAGGCAGAUUGAUGCUCUAUUAGAUGCUAUCAUAUUAUACACAAAACCCUGAGAGGAUAAUAAGACACACGUACACAGUUCACAAAUGGAGAGUGGUUAAUAUGGCCCACGAACACAGAGUUCACACUUAAACAGAUGAACCUACUGGCUAGUUUCAUUUAUUUACCCAAGAGAGCAUAUAGCUAGCUUCAUCUAUGUUUUUCUUUCGUGGGUAAUGUGCCUAUAUCAUAUAUGUGGUCUAUUGGAUAACAGCACAAUCAUUGGGGCUUUUUUGGACUUGGGCUCAUCAAAUGUGGUUAAUGUAGGGCUCAUUAAAUGUGGUUAAUGUAUGUCUCAUUAGGCUCAGGUAGCAUCAGGUGUGAAUGUUCAUGCUGAUCAAAGCUCUAAUCAAAUCCAGAUAUUUAUAUGCUUUUGAAUGUCACUUCCGGUUUCCUGGCGGGAAAUGCCCCAGAGAAAACAUAUUUAUUCUCGGUUAAUAACUGGUUACCCGGGAGAAAAGUGAUUUAUUCUCGGGAUGGAACAUUUUGUAAGACACUGGGAUAAUAUUAAACCCUAAUGCACAUACAGGUUGAUUCACAAGACACCAACCAAAUAACUUACAUAUACAGUAUUUUAUUUUUUCCUCACCUUUUAUUUAACCAGGUAGGCUAGUUGAGAACAAGUUCUCAUUUGCAACUGCAACCUGGCCAAGAUAAAGCCUAGCAAUUCGACACAUACAACACAGAGUUACACAUGGAAUAAACAAAACAUAGUCAAUUAUACAGUAGGAAAAAAGUCUAUAUACAGUGAGUGCAUGCCUAAAGGUGAUUUAUGUCCAUGAUAUGACAUUUCUUGUAGUGACUAAGCUUAAUUGUAAAAGUAAGCCUCAAAAGUGCCAUGUUUGUACAGUUAUUAUGUGGAGGACACAUUUCGGCAGCCAGGACCAUACGCCAAGCCCGCUCCUGCAGUCCAGUGCCAUGGUUGAAGUUUGGUCUCUAGUAAUUUAGGAGGGCAACUUUAUGAAGGCCUCCUCACAAUGGCCAUAUCAUACAAGGCUUUACAGACCGAUAUAUAAAACAAAUACAUUUAUUGUUCACAUUAUUUGCAUUGAUGUAUUGAAGUCAAGUGGCGCAGUUUCGUGCACCACACAGGACAGCUUGGUAAAGCGACGGUCGGUGGAACUCGAUCGCCACCAUGUGGGCAAUUGCUUCAGUUCCGUUGUGGCAGCAACGCUACCAGAGAUAUUUGAUACAAGAUCAAAUGUUAUGUCAAUAUUAUUAUUAUCUCCAAAUUGUCGUCGUCCCCCACCCACGAUAUAUUAUUAUUCCAAUUUAGCUGUUAAUCUGGGUUUAAUUUAACAACGCUUUCUCUCAUUUCCGAUUGGAGGGCGGAUGACCACGUGACUUUCAACCUACCAAAUUGUUACGUUGUAACAGUCAAACGUGGCUAUUCCCGACGUCGAUUAUCUCCCAAUCCACGCCACACUUUUUUUUAUAGCAUUAUCUUUGAUGAAAAGUUUAGCGCUCAUUUUGGUGUAACCAUAGUCGAAUUUGACGUGUCGGAGAACGGCACCUUCCUCCCGAAAGCAUUGCAGUAUCGCUUCUCGGCCUUUUGGCUAAGAUCAAGUGUAGUAUCUGUUCUUAUCAGUUUAAUAUCUGAUACGUCCCCUAUCUGGGGACCAUAUAUUAAAUUGAUUUUUGGAACAGGGAGAUGGAAUAGGGGCUUGCUCCGUCCACUCCACGCAUCGACCUGGUAUUGCAGUACCUCCAGGAACGGUGCACCC